AAGCCUAUGUGAGCCUGUGACUACCAUAGAUGUUUGGGGACGGUCUGGGAGAAGGAGCUUCUUUGCAAGGCGCCUUUCAUACUCAGAGGAUUCCCCUUGUCCAAGGAUCUGCUAUUGGUCUUGUCAUCAUUUGAAUUUGAGUCGCUGUUCCCGACUGGGCUUGCAUUCUGAAGCGCGCCGGUGACAAGCUAUGAAGCGGAAGCGGCCGGUCGCUGAGACCAGGGAAGUGGAAACUUCUCCAGUCAAGCAGCGCGUGCGACACUCUGGCGAGGUGGUUCAUAGAGAAGGGACCGGUAUUUUGCUUACUAAGUCAGAUGGGGUGGAAAGUGCUGGUAAGCAGAAAGGGCAGCGGGGUGCUGCAAAUGGCGUGAAAAAGGGUGGUGCAUCAAGAUUUGGAGCAAUCGGAAAGAAUGCUAUGGGCAAGAAAAAGGGGCACAAAAGUCCCAGAGAUGAAAAUCAGAAGCAGAAAAGAGGUGGUGUGGAUACGGCGAGAUCUGAAGGAAUGGAGAUUGUCAGUGGAAACAGGGGGUCAAAAGGAGUGAAGAGACAAAGAGCGAAGGGGGAGACACAUGGGGCGGACCCUGGAGCUGCCAAUGGAGCUGCCAGUGGAAGGAGCAACAAGCUGAGUAGCCAAAAUCUGGACGGGGAUACAGGUAAGAAGAAGCGGGAAAAGCGGCCGGAGGAAGAUAAGGCGGAUGCCGGCGGACAACAUAUAGAGGCAGAUAGGCGGGAGAUGGGCGUCAGUUCAGACCGCUCGAAAGGAGCUGAGGCGCACGUAGAAAGUGAACGGAAUGGAUCAAGCGAGCAGGACGGGGUGAACGAGGGGAGAUCAAAAGGGAGGAAGAAAAAGAAAAAAAAGAAGGGACAAAGGGGAAAAUUGGAGGGGGGCAGUAGCGAGAAAGAAAACAGCAGGGGGGACGCAAAUGACUCAGAGGUGGGGAGGGGUGAGAAGGGGGAGGGGCCCUUUGCAGCGAUGAGAGAUGCUGGGGCUGAGAGGGAGACGCCUGCAAAUGGUGGUGGGAACAAGGCCCCUCAAGGAUCAGCACCACGGCAGUCUUCCUUGUUGGACAAGAUGCGCGCGCGCCUGCAAGGCGGCCACUUCCGCAUGCUGAACGAGCGCCUCUACACGAGCCGGGGAGCCGACGCUUUCGCCUCGUUCCAAAAGGACCCCGGUCAGUUUGGACACUACCACCGGGGCUAUCAAGAGCAAAUGGCGCACUGGCCGAAGCUCCCGGUACAAGUGGUCGGGGAAUGGCUCCGGUCGCGCGGGCCGGCCCUCACUGUUGCGGACUUUGGCUGCGGCGAUGCGCGCCUUGCGGCCAGUGUCAAGAACAAGGUGUUCUCCCUAGACUUGGUGGCGGCGCACCCGGGAGUGAUUGCCUGCAACAUGGCUCACACUCCACUGGAGAGCGCAUCCGUCGACGUGGCAGUCUUCUGCCUUUCCCUUAUGGGCACGGACUACGGUUCGUUCCUAGAGGAGGCGCACCGCGUUCUCAUUUCGGGGGGUUGGCUCCUAAUAGCGGAGGUGAAGAGCCGGUUUGACCCCCGAAACGGGGGCGCCGAUCCGAGGGCUUUCGUGGGGGCGCUCAAGAAGCUAGGCUUCCAAUUAGUGCGUCAGGACGACUCGAACAAGAUGUUUAUCUGGUGGGAGUUUCGAAAAGGGGGUGAGGAACGGCCCGGGAAGAAGGGGGGGGGCGUGGCGUGGCCGGCAUUGAAGGCGUGCAUAUACAAGCGGAGGUGAAAGCAUGGGGUGCCGUGUGUAAGAAGGCCGCCCGUCCUAGUUGCGGCGGUAAGAACUGUGUGCAGCUUUGUUUGUCCAGUUAAAAAGUUCUUAGCCUGGUUGGCUGACGGCUACAAAAUGCUACUACCACAAGCUGAUUGUCUCUGCUCGUAAGAUUGUUUAGUCAUUUUUGCAAGUGCAGUCUCCGACUGGUGAAUCCGCACCGCUCUCUUGGCACCUCUCAAUACACUAGCGGACCAGGCUUGGUGACCUGCGCGUGCGUUCGUAGAAUUCCUGCUGCCACCCGCUGCCAUUCAAUUUAAUGCCAUCACGAGCGGAUGGGUAACGUACUGAGUAUAAGCAUGUGACCGGGCGCGAGAGACUGAUGGGACCGCAGUGCGCUCACUUAAGUCGCAUUGUUGACGUAGUGAUAAAAGUGGUUGAGGUUGAGAGAGUCGGACCCAAGGCACUGGUACGCCCAUCACGUCAUUGCUAUGACCCUGUUACACUCGAUGCUCUGUAGUGAAC